AUGGCAAACCGUCUGCCAAUGAGGGAGCUGGUCGUCCCUCUGUCUCUGCUCCUGCUCGUCGCGUCAGCGGCCAUGCAGCGAGCAGCAGCGCAGCCUGCGCUGGACUACCGCGACGCGCUGGCGAAGAGCAUUCUCUUCUUCGAGGGGCAGCGCUCGGGGCGACUAGAUCCGCGCACCAACCGCGUGCCGUGGCGCGGCAGUUCAGGCCUGCAGGACGGGGCGCGCAACAAUGUGGACCUGGUGGGCGGGUACUACGACGCGGGCGACAACGUGAAGUUCGGGUUCCCCAUGGCGUUCACGGUGACCAUGCUGUCAUGGGCCGUGGUGGAGUACGGUGCACAGCUGCAGGCGGCGGGGCAGCUGCGGUACGCACUGGACGCCAUCCGGUGGGGCACGGACUACUUCCUCAAGGCCAACACCGGGCCCACGGAGCUCUGGGGGCAGGUGGGCGACCCCAACUCGGACCAUGCGUGCUGGCAGCGGCCUGAGGACAUGACCACGGACCGCACAGCGUACAAGAUCGAUGCUCAGCACCCCGGCUCUGACCUCGCCGGGGAGACUGCUGCCGCGCUCGCUGCCGCGUCCAUCGCCUUCAGGGGCCGCAACAACUCGUAUGCCAAUACACUCCUGUCACACGCUCGCCAGUCGCUUCAGUUCCCAACAGCCCAUCUAAACGCACCAGUGCGAAUUCCACAUAUCUCUCGGCUCCUGUGUUCCCUCGCUGCCCGGCAGGACGAGCUGCUGUGGGCGGCAGCGUGGCUGUACCGUGCAACGGGUGAUGAGGCAUACCUGCAGUACAUACAGCGCAAUGAUGCUCAGCUGGGCGGCAGCACGCAGCAGCUGAGCGAGUUCAGCUGGGACAACAAGUAUGCAGGCGCGCAGCUGCUACUCACCGAGAGAUCCUCCCUCAAUGCACCCUCUCCUCUCUGUCUAUUGUUGCCGCAGCUGCUGCUGAGUGGGCGCAUCCCCUCGAGCUCGUCGGACCUGUUCAACCGCUACCGACGCAAUGCUGAGUUCUACGUCUGCAGCAACAUGCCCAACAACCCGCUCUCCCGCACCCCGCGCACCCCAGGUAAAAACACCAAUCCAGAUCACGCUCCUGGAAACCACACCUACAUCGCUGCUUCCCCUUGUUCCCCUCCACCCCUCCGUUUCUUGCAGCACUCUGCCCCUCUCUUUACCAUCACGUCUCUUUGCUACGUGACCAACAUGGCGUUCCUCACCACUGUGCUGGCGGACACACUGCAGCGCGCGGGGCAGAACCUGCAGUGCGCCUCCACCACCUUCACCCCGCAGCAGCUCCUCGCCGAGGCCCGGCGCCAGGUGGACUACAUCCUGGGGCGCAACCCCCAGGGCGUGUCGUACAUGGUGGGCUUCUCCUCGUCCUUCCCCCAGCGCAUCCACCACCGCGGCGCCUCCAUCCCCUCCAUCUUCACAGCCCCGCAGCAGAUCGGCUGCUCCGAGGGCUUCCGCUACCUCACUUCGCCCUCCCCCAACCCCAACGUGCACGUCGGUGCCAUUGUCGGCGGGCCCAGAGACGGGGUGAGUGCAGUGCAACAGAGUGACACAUAUGCGGAUGACCGCACGGACUACAGCACGGCAGAGCCUGCCACAUACAUCAACCCUGGCAUGGUUGGCGCUCUCGCUCGCAUCGUUGGAGGCGGCUCCUCCUCAGGGCAGCCUCCUUCCUCCCCUCCUCCUCCUGGUUCCUCCUCUCCCCCUCCCCCUCUUUCCUCCUCCCCUCCUCCUCGUUCCUCCUCCCCACCUCCUCCUCGUUCCUCCUCCCCCCCUCCUCCUCGUUCCUCCUCUCCCCCUCCCCCUCGUUCCUCCUCCCCCCCUCCCCCUUCAACCACCCCCUCACCACCAUCACCAUCACCGCCGGUCACGCCCAGCCCACCCUCAGCAGCUAUCUCGCGUGUUAAACGCGGUAAAGGCGGCGCCAGUCGUAAGGCGCAGCACGUGCAGAACUUUUUCGACGUAUGCUACGCGCAUGCAGCCCGUAAGCACGCGGAGCGCCUCGCCUCGGGCUCCGCGGGAGAUCUUAACGGUUCUGCUAGCGUUCGCGGUAACGGCGCGGGGGAAAGGGCCGGAGCUGGGGAAACGGCGGGCGGGGAGGGCGGGGGAGUGGGGGACAGCCUGUUCGCAGCGCUGCGGCUGAUGACGCCGAGCCUGGACCGCGAGCGUGGCUCGUACGGCGUGCGCGAGGCGGCGCUGGGUCGCUGCGUGGCGGAUGCCAUUGGGCUGGCGCGCGACUCGGAGGAGGCGCGGAAGUUGGAGGACUGGCAGAAGGGCGGGCGGGUGCACGUGGGCGAGAACGCAGGCAACUUCGUGGAAGUUGCGAUGGGGGUGGAAUCAGCGGGCGAGCUGACGAUAGCGGGCGUGAACGCGCUGCUGGACGACCUUGUUGCCGCCGGCCCCAGGGAGGCGAAGGUGGCAGUGGUGGACCGCAUGAUACACGCCACCAACCCCACGCAGCUCAAGUGGAUCCUCCUCAUCAUCCUGCAAGGGCUGCACUUCGGCAUGAGUGAGCGGUCUGUGCUGCGCGCGUUCCACCCCGACGCCGAGGACGUCUUCAACCACACCUGCGACCUGCGCCGCCUCUGCCACUCCCUCCCCUCCCGCGCCCUCCGCGCCAAGCGCCAGGACAUAGAGCCAGGGAGUGCGGUGCGGCCUCAGCUCGCCAGGCGAGUGGACACAGCCGAAGCUGCCUGGAGUCUGAUGAAGGGCAAGGAGGCGGUGGUGGAGUGCAAGUUUGAUGGCGACCGCGUGCAGAUCCAUAAGCAUGGCCAUGCCAUUCACUUCUUUUCCAGGAACUUCAAGGAGCAUCCGGAGUUUCUCCAUGGCAUGAAGGAACUGGUCGAGGACAACAUUCUCACCCACAAGUGUAUACUGGAUGGGGAGAUGCUGGCAUGGGAUCGAGUGAACAACAAAUUUGUGGAGUUCGGAUCCAAUCAAACAGCAGCAAAGGAGGCACGGGACGGCAGCAACAGUGACAUCCAGCUUUGCUAUGUGGCGUUUGACAUUCUGUACCACGGGGACGGCAGUGUGAUCCACCACCCGCUCAAGCACCGCCACCAGUUGCUCAAGGAGGUCGUGCACCCCGUGCCACACCGCCUCGAGCUGCUGCUGCCGCCAGACCCCCGCUCCUCGAAUGUUUCUCCGCGCGCUCCUGGCGAGCCCAACUGGUCGCAGUAUGCACACAGUGCAGCAGACAUCCAAGCAUUUUUCGUGCAGACAGUCGACAACAGGGACGAGGGCGUGGUGGUGAAGGACCUGCAGUCGCCGUGGGAGGCGGGCGACCGGUCGUCCAAGUGGCUCAAGCUCAAGCCCGACUACAUGGACACCGGCGCUGACAUUGACGCCCUUGUCAUGGGCGCCUACUUUGGAUCCAACCGUCGCGGAGGAGAGUUGUCUCAGUUCCUGCUCGGCCUGUGGGAGCAACCCCCCGACCCGGACCAGCCUCCUCCACGCCUACUGUCCUUCUGUCGGGUGGGGGGAGGCAUGUCAGACGACGACCUGGGGGACCUCAGGGAGCGCCUGUUGCCCGUGCUGCAGCGUAACGAGAGAGGCCAGCCCCCGCCGAGUCUGUACGCAGUGACCAACCACGCCAAGGAGCGCCCAGACGUCUGGGUCUCUGACCCCACCAGGUCGGUGGUGCUGCAGAUACGGGGCGACAUCCGAGUCAUACAGACAGAGGUGUUUCAAGCGCCUCGCUCGCUGCGCUUCCCGCGAGUCACUCGCAUUCGCCACGACAAGCCCUGGUGGGACUCGCUCGACCUGCCAGACAUGGUGUCUGUUCCCCCGGGCGUGCAGCAGAGGGCAGUGCAGCAGCAGGUGGUGAGGCACGGGGGAGUGGUGUCCGCCAAUCUCAGCCCUGCUGUGACUCACGCAGUCGCACACUCCGCAUCGGGGGGGUUUCGUCUCAAGGCAGCUGUGAAAGCAGGAGAUGUGUACACAUACGAGUGGCUGCAGGAGUGCCUGCAAGCCCGCAAGCUCGUUCCUCCCAAGCCCAAGCACUAUCUGCACCGGUCGCUGCUCACAGCUCAGCGGCAGCAGCAGCAGGUGGACAAGUUUGGGGACUCGUACACAGAUGACAUUGCAGACGUGUUGGAGCUCAAACAGCUCUUUGCGAAAGUGGCCGAAUCACAAGUCAAAGCAGUGCCGAGUGGUGACCUGGAGGUGCAGCGGCGCAAGCUGUGUGUGGAGUCGGGUGCCGUGCACACCUGCAUCUUCCAAGGGGUCGUGCUCUUCGUGCUGCCAUGCCUUCCCACCCUGCACCAACAGCACUCGUGGGCGGGGUGGCAGCAUGUGAGCGAGGUGAUGGCAGGGCGCAGGGCAGCGCUGGAGGUGGCCAUGGGGGGAGGCACUGUGGAAGCACGGCUCUCAACGCAUGUCACGCACGUGCUGCUGCCCUGCUGCCUUGCUUCUAUUCGGCAUGAGGAUGUGGAGGCCACUGUGAAGCUGUAUGAAGAAUGCUGUCCUGCUAUCCAGGAAUGUUCUGACAGCGAUGGGGGGGAGACUGGGAAGGACGAGGAUGGGAGCAGCACGGACUCAGAUGGCGCUGGUGAUACCGGUGCUGAUGCUGAUGCUGAUGAUAGUGAUGGAGGUGAAGAGGAGGAAGAUGAGGACGAAGAAACCACGGAUGAUGAGGAGGGUGGGUUCGAGGCAGGCGGGGUGCAGGAGGCAAGGUUGGAGGGGGUGGAUGCAGCAACACAGCAGUGGGAGGGCGAGAUGAGUGUGUGUGAGAAGAGAAUCAUCAGCACAGAGGAUGAUGUAACUGGGGUGAGUGGAUCGCAGUCUCUUGUACGUGUGACACCAGCCAAAAGCUUGAGUCAACCCAGAACAGUCGAUCCAGGCACAAGAGGCGCGGGCGAGGCAUGUGCAAGUGAGUUGAAGGAGCAAGUGCAGCAUGCGAGCAAGCGAUUGCGGGGGGAGGAGAAGCAUGGUGAUGCGGAGUUGGUUGGAGUGCCAGGAGACACAGACCAGGGCAGCAGGGAGGUGGGGAAGGAGGGAAGUUUAGAGAAGAUAGGGAAGGAGGAAGUGAUGGGUAUGAAGAGUGUCGAAGUGGAGAGUGAGGAAGCAGGGAACAGAGGUGCUGUUGGGAAUGGCUCUGUGAGGGUUGAGGAGCAGAGAACUGGGGAAGUUGAUACAGAGAAGAUUGAUGCAGAUGACAAGACGAACGAGAUGUUCAACUUCUUUUUUGGUUAA